ACAUUUGUCUCAUGUUCUUUUUUUGGUUUUAUGUUUUGUCUUGAAAAAUGAUUGAGAUUUAAUUUUGUUUUGAUUUGAUUGUUAGAUUAAUUUGCUAUUGUUAAUUGUUAAUUUUUCGUCUUUAAUGGUACCACAAUUAAGGUGAUUAAAGAAACGUUUAGUUUGCUAUUUAAUAAAGGAUGGGAGAUACAAGUGGAAAUAGUAUUGGUGGUAAAUCAUCUCUGGACAUUCCUAUUUUUACGGAGGAGUUUUUACAUCAUAAUAAACUUCGAGAAGCUGAAUUGAGACAAUUAAGAAAGAUUAGUACCGAAUAUGAAGAGCAAAAUGCUAUACUUUCUAAACAUUUAGAAAAUUUAAAGGCUGCAGUUGAUAAAUUGGAACUUGAAUCGGUACAACGAAAUGCAACGAAUAGAAAUUUAGAAGAACAUCUUAGAAAGAUAACAUCUCUGGUUCUCUCACAAUUUGCCAAUAUUCCAAUUCCAGGGACAACAGAGACGGUUAAUCCUGAUAAUGUAGAACAAUAUUUACAAAAAUUGGUUGAUAAAGUUACAAGAGAAAAGUGUCUCAAUACCAAGGAAUGUGAUAUCAUCGCUGAGAAAGUUAGCAAAAUUAUCGCUCAAAUGGAUUGAACCAAAAGAAAAACAAACAAAAGUGACACACGCAAAAUUAAAGCUUUUAAAAAGCUAAUCAUCAAUUGACCUCAAAAAACAAAACAAAACAAAUAUUAUAU